GGCCUCUGUAGCAGAGCUGCGCAGACCAGGAAGUGUCUUUGCAGCCGGGAGCAGGGGCUGGGGCCUGCAGGAGUCCUACUCAGCCUGCUAAGAGUGAGAAAGCGAGUCUUAGUCCCAGCCUGACUUGCUGGACAAGCAGCACUGUGAUAAGCCUCCAUCAGAGAAAGGGGACAUUGGGAAGUCAUCUCUUUGCACGCUCCUAGAGAACCAGCCCUUCCACGCACGUGGCUCUCCCAGAGCUGCGUGAGGGGAUCUCAGCUCAAGCUGCCAGGGUUUGUUGGAAGAAUGGGCUGUGCUCAGAUGGAAGUGAACCCUACGAGACACUGGCAGAAGGUGCUGUAUGAGAGGCAGCCUUUCCCAGAUAACUACGUGGACCAGCGUUUCCUGGAGGAGUUGCGGAAGAAUAUCCAUGCCCGGCAGUACCAGUACUGGGCAGUGGUGUUCGAGUCUGGGGCGGUAGUACAGCAGCUGUGCAGCGUCUGUGUCUUCAUUGUCAUCUGGUGGUACAUGGACGAUGGGCUGCUGAGCCCACAGUGGCUGUUUGGGGCAGGCCUGAUCUCUUCUCUGAUUGGCUACAUCCUGUUUGAUGCAAUCGAUGCAGGGGCAGGGAGGAAGGAGAAUAGGCGGACACGGUGGGCGGACCUGAAGAGCACCCUGGUGUUUGUAGCCUUCACCUACGGCUUCUCCCCGGUGCUGAAGACUCUGACAGAGUCAAUCAGCACAGACACCAUUUACGCCAUGUCUGUCUUCAUGCUCCUCGGCCAUCUGAUCUUCUUUGACUAUGGGGCCAAUGCAGCCAUUGUCUCCAGCACACUGUCCCUGAACAUGGCCAUCUUUGCUUCUGUGUGCCUGGCCUCCCGGCUGCCCCGUUCCCUGCAUGCCUUUGUCAUGGUCACCUUUGCCAUCCAGAUCUUUGCCCUGUGGCCCAUGCUGCAGAAGAAGCUGAAGGCGCAGACACCCCGCUGCUAUAUAACGGUCACUGUGGUCUUUGCCUUGUCUGCGCUGGCUGGGUUGCUGACCAUCUCCAGUGUUGGUGCUGUUCUCUUCACCCUCCUGCUGGUCUCCAUUUCCUGCCUGUGCCCUUACUACCUUAUCAGGCUGCAGUUGUUCAAAGACAACAUCCAUGGACCUUGGGAUGAAGCUGAAAUUAAAGAAGACCUCUCCAGGUUCCUCAUGUAGGCUCAUCCUUGGUGCUCAGAAGGCAGACUUUGCUGUUUGGAAGGACAGGCAGGACACCACAGCUGCCACCAACACGACAGACUUUGGCCUUGGAGACAUCUUGAGUGAUGAAAUUUCAGGAAAAAGGGUGGGUGACGUAUACCCUUAUAACAAAGUGUCAUGUAGGUCAGAAUAAAAGAAAUUGCUUUGU